GUUGCAGCAAUCCAAUAUGGCGUCUGGGUACGUGAAACGGUCAACGGCUCUGGUUGGCUUGGCAGUUUCCAAAGCACCCAGGGAGGCUCUCACUAAGUUGUAUAAGGAGACACUGCAGGUGUUGGGAAGCAUGCCAAAAAGUGCCCAGUACCGCAUACACACAGAGCAGAUCACUAAACAAAGACUACUUAUUGUGGAACAGGAGAGUGAUGUGCCACAACUGGAGAACAAACUUGGAGCUGGACAAAUUGAAGAAGUCAUUCAACAGGCAGAAGAUGAGCUCUCUUUGGCUAAAAAGAUGCAAGAUUGGCAACCCUGGGAACCACUACAAAAUCCUCCACCUGCAGACCAGUGGAAGUGGCCAUGACUGUCUGGAUGAUAGAGUUGUUUUCUAAGGAAUUGGUUUGCCUAUGAGUGUAAAUGAUGGGGAAAUGGUAUCCACAGCACCCAUGACUGGAAGCCUGAGAUAUGAACUAAUUAAUUUUGUACAAACAUCAGUCUUACCUCUAUUGUUGUAUUCUUUUUAAACAUUUCAAGCAAGGAUAGAGAUUUGUGUAGAUGUCAAGUGAAUAAACAUCCAAAGAAUGUG